CACCAUCUCGAUUCCUCUCCAAGGGCCUCUUCCACGCUUACAGUUGCUCUAAUGGGUGAUAUGGACACUGUUAAUUCCCCCUUUCACCACAUUCUCAAUACCAACGCCGUUCCCACCGAUGCCGAAUGCGAUUCAAUCCGCAGCUUUGUUGAGCCACACGACGCCACACUCCUCGAGCUCGAUGCCAAUGUCGCACGCCUGCAACUCCUGCUUGACGAUGCCAUCGAUAAACGCGAUCGACUGGGCGGCUUCGUUGCGGCCCACAAGGCACUGUUGUCCCCGCUGCGGCGCAUGCCGGAAGACAUCUUGCGGCUCAUUUUCGUGCAGACGCUCCCGGGAAGCAGGAGUGCAUCGAUGCAUCCGAGCGAAGGCCCGCUGCUGCUGGCGCGGGUGUGUAGAUACUGGCGCGACCUGGCUCUAGCGACACCACAGCUGUGGUCGUCCAUCCACAUUGUUGUGCCGCAGCCGGAUUCGAGUCCGUCCUGGGGGCCGGAGGCGCAAAGCAGUCCUAGUUGGGCCCAGGCCCAGGCACUUACCAGCCUUACGAGAUGGCUUGACCGAGGAGUGAAAGCGCCGCUGGAGAUCACGCUGCAGCUGGGACGUCAAACCUCGGACGGGUGGCCUGUGGUGGAGGUAAUAGAUGACAGUGCUGUUGACGUCCCAGAUUCGGAUGAUGGCGCUCGGGUGACCCGCGAGUCAUCGCCAUUCCUUGCCGCGCUUGUUGCCGUGGCGUCCCGCUGGCACAACAUGCGCUUGUGGAUACGGGACACAUCCGAUGAAGGCGCUCUGGCGGGAUUGCAGGCGAUCGAUGUACCUCAGCUUCAUACACUCCAGUUGAUCAACUUUGGUCGCGGAGUAUCGCUCCCGCUCCUCGAGACGGCCAGCUUGCGACGCCUCGUCAUUCAAGGAAACUUCCCGGCAUUUCCCACCAACGUCCAGUGGCACAACCUUGUGUCUAUCAACAUCCAGGCCAGCUACGUCUCACCUUCCGGGGACGAAGUUGAAACAAUCGAGUUCCCAUUCCCAUGGCUCCAGCAGUGUACGGCGUUAGAGAAGCUGACCGUAGGCGUCAGAGGAUACCCGCUCCAGCCGGCCCCUCUCAACAGCGUUGUCCUCUCGAAAUUGACCAUGCUGGAUCUCGGCAUGUUCGAUGCCCCGACCAUCACCGACGCCAUCACGCAUCUCCACGCCCCGGUCCUGCACACGCUGAAGAUCGCCCAUGGCGGGGCGGGCUUUUUGCAUCACAUGGACCACCUCCGUUGUCUCGUGCUCACGCUUGAUUUCCUCUCCACCGACGAGCUGGUUGCCGCCCUCCGCCUGGUUCCUGCGCUUGAGCGCCUCCGCCUCAUUGGCGAGUCGACGCUCACCGCGGACCCGGCGUUCGGCUUCGUCUUCGCGCAACCCGACCCCGCCUUCCUUGCCCGGCUCGUUCCCGGCCCGGAGCCGGACGCCGCCCCGCUCUGCCCGGCCCUCCGCCACCUUGAGCUCACGCGCGUGCUGCACGUGCCCGACGCGCUGAUCGUGCGCCUCCUCCGCGCACGCACGCUCGAUCUUCUUGCUGAGUCGGCUGUGACGCGGCUGGCGGAGUUCAACUGCUACCUUGUCAGGGCGCCCCAGCUGGAUAUUCGGCAGGAGCUCGCGGACUGUACUGAGCUGACGCUCCGCAUUUCGCAGCAGCCGCUGCCGCCUGCGAUUGGAUAUAGCGCGCUGGAAGGGACUGAGCACGAUCCGCUGUGGGUCGUUGGAGUGCCGGGCCCGGAUGGCUUCGUGCAUGGCGAGGGAUAUGAGUGGUUGGACGAGCUGUAG